GGCACAAUGACAUAAGAACAGAGUUGUAUUGGAAACCCAGCUGUAUUGCAUGUUUGAAAAUUAAAUGAUUUACCUAGGAAAAGAGAUCUUACAUCUCUAGGUGGCAUGCGAAGAUCUCCAGUAAGAUAUCCUGUGGUAAGCCAGAGGACUGAUGAAUCACCCACUGGAGCUGGACAGGGCAACACUACCAGGGUAUACAACUGCAGUUACUGUUCAUUCAGCACAACGUUUAUAUAUACUCUGAAGAGACACAACCGAAAACACACAGGAGAAAAGCCAUAUGUGUGUCCUAUUUGUCCGUACAAGACAGCAAGGAAAGAUAACUUGAAGGAACAUAAAAUGACACAUACAGGGGAGAGGCCUUUCAAGUGUGCACACUGUUCAUACAGUGCUACGCAGAAGAACGUUCUGAGGGUUCAUAUUCGUACACACACUGGGGAGAGACCAUAUCCAUGUUCAAUUUGUCCUUAUCGGGCAAUUCAAAAAUCAACAUUAAGGGUCCAUAUGAUGACUCAUCUUAAUGAGGGGAGAAACAUGAUUUAGUACCCAAACUGAAUA